CGCGGUUGGAAAAUGGCGGCGUAGGAGCGGGGUUCUCGCAUCCCCGCCCGCUCCGGCCGCCUCAGCGCCAUGACCCGUUGGGUUCCCACCAAAAGGGAGGAGAAAUACGGCGUAGCUCUUUACAAUUACGACGCGAGGGGACCAGAUGAACUUUCCUUACAGAUAGGAGACACUGUGCACAUAUUAGAAACAUAUGAAGGUUGGUACAGGGGUUACACGCUGAGGAAGAAAUCCAAGAAGGGCAUAUUUCCUGCCUCCUAUAUUCACCUUAAGGAAGCAAUAGUCGAAGGAAAAGGGCAACAUGAAACCGUUAUUCCCAAUGAGCUGCCCCUGAUUCAGGAGGUCACCACAACGCUGCGGGAGUGGUCCAUAAUAUGGCGGCAGUUAUACGUCCAAGAUAACAGGGAAAUGUUUCGCAGUGUACGGCACAUGAUAUAUGACCUUAUUGAGUGGAGAUCUCAAAUACUGUCUGGGACUCUCCCCCAAGAUGAGCUCAAAGAACUGAAAAAGAAGGUCACUGCCAAAAUUGACUAUGGAAACAGGAUUCUUGAUUUAGAUCUGGUCGUUAGAGAUGAAGAUGGCAAUAUUUUGGACCCGGAGCAGACGAGCACAAUCAGCCUUUUUAGAGCACAUGAAAUAGCAUCCAAGCAAGUGGAAGAGAGGUUGCUGGAGGAAAAAUCUCAGAAACAGAAUAUCGAUAUCAACAGACAAGCUAAGUUUGCUGCCACUCCUUCGUUUGCUUUAUUUGUAAAUUUAAAAAAUGUAGUCUGCAAAAUAGGGGAAGAUGCUGAAGUCCUCAUGUCUCUCUAUGAUCCCCAUGAAUCAAAAUUUAUCAGUGAAAACUAUUUGGUGCGGUGGUCAAGCUCUGGGCUCCCCAAGGACAUCGACAGGCUGCACAACCUCCGAGCAGUGUUCACUGACCUCGGCAGCAAAGACCUGAAAAGAGAGAAAAUCAGUUUCGUUUGUCAGAUUGUGAGGGUGGGCAGAAUGGAGCUGAGGGACAACAACACGAGGAAGCUGACCUCUGGGCUCCGGCGGCCUUUUGGAGUAGCAGUAAUGGAUGUUACCGACAUAAUUAAUGGGAAAGUUGAUGAUGAGGACAAACAGCACUUCAUACCAUUUCAACCGCUAGCGUUGGAUGACGCCAUUCGACACAAGCAGCUGAACAUAUCAUCCCGUUUUUCACCCAGGGUGGCAGGGGAGAAUGAUUUCCUUCAGACUGUUAUAAACAAAGUGAUUGCUGCUAAAGAAGUUAACCACAAGGGUCAGGGUUUGUGGGUGACUUUGAAACUUCUUCCGGGAGAUAUUCAUCAGAUUAGAAAAGAGUUUCCACACUUAGUGGAUAGGUCAACAGCUGUGGCUCGGAAAAUGGGGUUUCCUGAGAUUAUUAUGCCUGGUGAUGUUCGGAAUGAUAUCUAUGUAACGUUGGUUCAAGGAGAUUUUGACAAAGGCAGUAAAACAACAGCAAAAAAUGUAGAAGUUACAGUGUCUGUUUAUGAUGAGGAUGGGAAAAGAUUAGAGAGUGUUAUUUUUCCUGGUGCUGGCGAUGAAGCCAUCUCAGAGUACAAAUCAGUAAUAUAUUACCAAGUAAAGCAGCCUCGCUGGUUUGAGACUGUGAAGGUCGCAAUCCCUAUUGAAGAUGUGAACCGGAGUCAUUUGAGGUUCACGUUCCGACACAGAUCGUCACAGGACUCCAAAGAUAAAUCAGAGAAAAUAUUUGCCCUAGCAUUUGUGAAGCUCAUGAGAUACGAUGGAACAACGCUGAGAGAUGGAGAACAUGACCUUAUAGUUUAUAAGGCAGAAGCAAAGAAGCUUGAGGAUGCCUCCACAUAUUUAAGUCUGCCUUCCACUAAAAUAGAGCUGGAGGAAAAGGGACACUCUGCAACGGGGAAGAGCAUGCAGAACCUUGGUAGCUGCACCAUCAGCAAAGACUCUUUCCAGAUUUCUACUCUGGUCUGUUCUACAAAGCUUACCCAGAAUGUUGAUCUCUUGGGACUUCUGAAAUGGAGAUCUAAUACGAACCUGCUGCAGCAGAAUUUGAAGCAGUUGAUGAAAGUUGAUGGUGGUGAAGUUGUUAAGUUCCUCCAAGACACUCUGGAUGCACUUUUUAACAUAAUGAUGGAGAACUCAGAGAGUGAGACAUUUGACACGUUGGUGUUUGAUGCUUUGGUUUUUAUCAUUGGACUGAUUGCUGACAGAAAAUUUCAACAUUUUAAUCCUGUCCUGGAAACAUACAUUAAGAAGCAUUUCAGUGCUACAUUAGCCUACACCAAGCUGACUAAAGUGUUAAAAACAUACGUGGAUAACGCUGAGAAAUGUGGUAUCACUGACCAACUCUUCAAAGCCAUGAAAGCUUUGGAGUACAUCUUCAAGUUCAUAGUCCGGUCCAGGAUACUGUUCAAUCAACUUUAUGAGAACAAAGGAGAAGCAGACUUCAGGGAGUCUUUGCUGCAGCUCUUCAAGUCCAUCAACGAGAUGAUGAGCAGCAUCUCCGAUCAGACCGUCAUAGUGAAGGGAGCAGCUCUGAAAUACUUGCCAGCUAUUGUCAAUGACGUCAAAUUAGUAUUUGAUCCAAAAGAACUUAGCAAACUGUUUACUGAAUUCAUCCUCAACGUUCCCGUCAGCCGGCUGACCAUUCAGAAGCUCUACUGCUUGAUCGAAAUCGUUCACAGUGACCUCUUCACACAGCACGACUGCAGGGAAAUCUUGCUGCCAACAAUGACAGAUCAGCUCAAGUAUCACUUGGAAAGACAAGAAGAUUUGGAGGCUUGUUGCCAGUUGCUGAGUAACAUCCUGGAAGUGCUUUACAAGAAAGAUGUGGGGCCAACACAACGACAUGUCCAGAUAAUCAUGGAAAAGCUUCUGAGGACAGUAAAUAGAACAGUCAUUUCCAUGGGACGGGAUUCAGAGCUCAUCGGAAGUUUUGUUGCCUGCAUGACUGCCAUUUUAAGGCAAAUGGAGGACUAUCACUACGCUCAUUUAAUCAAGACUUUUGGCAAGAUGAGGUCGGAUGUUGUGGAUUUUCUAAUGGAAACAUUCAUCAUGUUCAAGAAUCUCAUUGGGAAGAACGUCUACCCCUUCGACUGGGUUAUAAUGAACAUGAUGCAGAAUAAAGUCUUCCUGCGAGCAAUUAAUCAGUAUGCAGAUAUGCUAAACAAAAAAUUUCUUGAUCAAGCCAACUUUGAGUUGCAGCUUUGGAACAACUACUUCCACCUUGCCGUUGCUUUUCUCACGCAAGAGUCCUUGCAACUGGAGAAUUUUUCAAGUGCUAAGAGGGCAAAAAUACUUAACAAGUAUGGUGAUAUGAGAAGGCAGAUUGGUUUUGAAAUCAGGGACAUGUGGUACAAUCUGGGUCAGCAUAAAAUCAAGUUCAUCCCGGAAAUGGUGGGACCUAUCUUGGAAAUGACACUCAUCCCCGAGACGGAGCUUCGGAAAGCUACGAUCCCCAUCUUCUUUGACAUGAUGCAGUGUGAAUUUCAUUCCACCAGAAGCUUCCAGAUGUUUGAAAAUGAGAUCAUCACAAAACUGGAUCAUGAAGUGGAAGGAGGCAGAGGAGAUGAACAGUACAAAGUGUUAUUUGACAAAAUCCUCUUGGAGCACUGCAGGAAGCACAAAUACCUCGCUAAGAGCGGAGAAACUUUUGUCAAACUUGUUGUCCGCCUGAUGGAGCGACUGUUGGACUACAGGACCAUCAUGCACGACGAGAACAAGGAGAACCGCAUGAGCUGCACUGUCAACGUGCUGAAUUUCUACAAGGAAAUUGAGAGGGAAGAAAUGUACAUAAGGUACCUGUACAAACUGUGUGACCUGCACAAAGAAUGUGAUAACUAUACAGAAGCUGCCUACACGUUGCUCCUGCAUGCCAAACUUCUCAAGUGGUCAGAAGAAGCGUGUGCAGCGCAUCUUACCCAGCGGGAUGGAUACCAGGCUGCUACUCAAGGACAGCUGAAAGAUCAGCUGUAUCAAGAAAUUAUCCAUUACUUUGACAAGGGCAAGAUGUGGGAAGAGGCCAUUGCCUUGGGUAAAGAGCUUGCAGAGCAGUAUGAAAAUGAAAUGUUUGACUACGAACAACUCAGUGAACUGCUGAGAAAACAAGCACAAUUCUAUGAAAACAUUGUGAAAGUGAUAAGACCAAAACCAGAUUAUUUUGCUGUUGGAUACUAUGGCCAGGGAUUUCCAACUUUCAUAAGGAACAAAGUCUUCAUUUACCGGGGAAAAGAGUACGAGCGGCGCGAGGACUUUGAGGCCAGGUUGUUAACUCAGUUUCCCAAUGCAGAGAAAAUGAAGACAACGUCUCCACCGGGUGACGAGAUCAAAAACUCCUCUGGCCAGUAUAUCCAGUGCUUUACUGUGAAGCCAAAGCUUGAUUUGCCACCCAAAUUCCACAAGCCGGUGUCAGAACAAAUCGUGAGCUUCUAUAGAGUGAAUGAAGUCCAGCGGUUUGAGUACUCACGGCCCGUUCGAAAGGGAGAGAAAAACCCAGACAACGAAUUUGCGAAUAUGUGGAUCGAGAGAACCAUCUAUGUGACAGCAUACAAAUUACCAGGGAUUCUGAGGUGGUUUGAAGUCAAAUCAGUUUUCAUGGUUGAAAUUAGUCCACUGGAAAAUGCAAUAGAAACCAUGCAGCUAACAAACGAUAAGAUCAAUAACAUGAUUCAACAACAUUUAAAUGAUCCAAAUCUACCCAUUAACCCUCUCUCUAUGCUACUGAACGGCAUUGUGGAUCCUGCAGUCAUGGGAGGUUUCACCAACUAUGAGAAGGCUUUUUUUACUGAAAGAUAUAUGCAUGAGCAUCCGGAAGAUCAUGACAAGAUUGAAAAACUGAAGGACCUGAUAGCUUGGCAGAUCCCAUUCCUGGCAGAGGGCAUCCGCAUUCAUGGUGAGAAGGUGACGGAGGCACUGAGGCCAUUCCAUGAGCGGAUGGAAGCUUGCUUCAGGCAGCUGAAGGACAAAGUUGAGAAGCAGUAUGGUGUCCGAGCUGUGCCUUCCAGCCUAGAUGACAGACGAGGCAGUCGGCCAAGGUCCAUGGUGAGGUCUUUCACGAUGCCAUCGUCUUCAAGGCCGCUGUCAGUUGCCUCAGUGUCAUCCAUCUCCUCAGACAGCACUCCUUCUCGGCCGGGCUCAGAUGGGUUUGUGCUUGAGCCCCUCCUGCCAAAGAAGAUGCAUUCCAGAUCUCAAGAUAAAUUGGACAAGGAUGACCUAGAUAAAGACAAGAAAGAAAAGAAGAAGGAGAAAAGAAACAGCAAGCAUCAGGAAAUAUUUGAUAAAGAAUUUAAGUCUACUGAUAUUUCUCUGCAGCAGUCUGAAGCAGUGAUCCUCUCAGAAACGAUCAGCCCGCUGAGACCACAGAGACCAAAAAGCCAGGUCCUCAACGUCAUGUCAAGCGAAAGGCGUUUCUCCGUCUCCCCUUCGCCUUGCAGCUCCCAAGUGACACCACCUCCCAUAACUCCACGGACAAAACUCUCUUUCAGCAUACAGUCCAAUCUGGAGCUGAAUGGCAUGUCUGGUGCUGACCUGGCUGACAUCCCUCCUCCUCUGCCUCUCAAAGGAAGCAUGGCCGACUAUGGGAAUCUCAUGGAAAGUCAAGACUUGAUCAGUCCGACAACAUCCCCCCCUGCUCAUCAGAGGCACCUGCCUCCUCCGCUGCCCAGCAAGACCCCCCCACCUCCACCUCCAAAGACAACUCGGAAGCAAACAUCUGUUGACUCGGGGAUUGUCCAGUGAAGAAAGAAGCCUUCUUUUCCAAAGAUAAAGCUGUAACAAUUCACUUCCCUAAGUAUUUUCAAGUAUAUAAUGUUUACCUCGUUCAGGCACGCAGUAUCUAACGUUUAGUGCAAUGACUCUAACUCGGUAAGAAUCUGCUUCUGGCAGUGUUUUGGAAGCACCACUACAUUAACCCCCUUUCUGGGGAUAUUUCCUCCCAUAACUUGAAAGGAAUCUGCAUUUCUACUUGAGCCCGGGAGGCAUUCACCAACUGACAGCACCCUCUUCCUCAACCUCCCUCGUUCUUAUUCCGCAUAACUUCAGGCACGCAGGUAGCUGUGGAGAUUAAGGUAGGAGCUGAAUAUUUUGUAACUAAGGCAUUUAGGUAGCUGUGGAGUUUUAAAUGAACUGAGUAUUUUGUACUUAAUCUCAGUGUAUAUAGGAAUCAAUGGCAAUAUUCACAGUGAAUUUGAUGCACGUUGGAUUAGGCUUUGUGAUAAUGAGAAGCUGCAGUAGGAUUUCCCCGAAUAACAGUUAUCUCCAGGCCCUGCAAUCAGACACAGCUUAUUUGUGUCAUACGUCUUCAUUUCUGCCGUGUCAUGAAUAAGCUGAGAGCUGAUGGCCUUUUUAAAACCAGUCGUUUACAUUUUCAUUCAGUUAGCUGUUCUUUGCAUCAUCAGCUGGUAAACCAGGACAGCCUCUUAGCCAUGGGUGGGCACGAGCAUAUAGGAAAAGAAACAAAGCACACAGGUAGAUUUGUGGUCAUUCUAGACCUCAGUACAAGGAUGAGGAAAGCUUCUUUUUCAUUUGAAUGUGUAAUAUUUCAUGUGGAUUAGGGUGAACUGGGUGGAAUCACUUUGUGCCAUCAUUCUGUACAGAAUGUGUAUAUACGAUGGUUUUUAGAAUGUUUAAUUUUUAUGCUGCCUGCUUUUCAUGUGAUAAUGAAUUAAUGUACCUACAAGAAAUGCCUUACAUAUUUUUAAUUUCUUAAUUGCUGAAAGUGUUAAAAAAAAAAAAAAAAAAAAAAAGCUAAUUUUUUUCCAAUUAUUGGCCUCUGAAAAAUAUUGGACAGUGAUGGGGAGGGGCGUUGGGAGGGAGGAAGGAAACUAACUAUACUGUAGCGUUUUUUAUUGUCAUCACACUUCUGUUUUUUACUAUCUGCAAUCUUUAUACUCUUAUGGUAGAUUGUUUUUAAAUAUACCACUGACUCAAAAAAAUAAAAUACUAUUUUAAAAAUUUGUCUUAAGAAACUGAAUACAUUUCCUUGGUGUUUUCCCGUCUUCCUGCAGAAUUUCAGUAUUGUGCUCAGCGCAGGGCUGCUAUAAGUGCUGACUUCUGCUUUUUUUUGUAGGUUAACAGGCAGAAGCAUGCUUUACACAGCAGUGAAACAGUAAUGUAAAGGCAGAAUGGUUGUCCUUUCAUAAAGAGUGGCUCAAAUAGUUAAUUAUGUGCUUAUAAUUUUGCUUGUAAACAUCAUGGAACUUUGGGUCAAUCAAACGCUUUGCUUGCAAUGAGAGAGCUAUCAGAAUUAACUGCUACAGAUUGUCCUUCACUUCCCUACUUGUUUUGGGACUGGUAUAAUCUCCUUUCAAGAGAAACAAGCUGAAAAGGAUUCUUUCUGUUGAUCAACAAUGUACUACAAUAUUAACUCUGUAAGUCAUUAGUUUAAUUGAAGAUCAGUUUAAAUUCUUGUAUUGUUACUGUGCUGAAGACUGUUGGGAUUCUGGUGAGUUUUCCUCUUUUCUGUUCCAUUUGCAUCCUGAAGUCAACAAGAGAUUUUCACAUGGACCUUUAAUUGAAUGGUUAUGAGCCGUAUUUCUGAUAAUGUGUUUGUUUUCACACAUCUUUUACAAAUUCCUGUGCUCAUGCAGGUGUUAUGGUUUGGCCCUACAACACUUCUCGAACAAGAGCUGCAGUUUUAAAUUGGCCUUGCACUGCAAACUUUAAAUCUCAUACAUGUGUUACAAAUAUACAAGCUGAGAUAAGGGGUUGAAAAUCAGACUCUCAGAUUCACUUUCAGGCCCAAAUUGUCACCAUUUUUUCAAUCUAACAGCUUCUAGGCUUCGACUCAUGUAAAACCCAGCCAGAACAAAUCAUUACCCUCCUCAAAGUGUUGUAAAAAUGCACUUCAGCAAAUCCAAAACCUAAUUCAGUUACAGUCUCUAAGCAAUGAACAAUCCUGCGAAGGCUGUUAUUUUUCCUACAGUAUAUUGUCUUCCUUUAUCCUCCAGUGGUGGUACAGCAGAACAUACAAACGCAGUAUGAAUUUCUUGUGACACUGCAGCAAAGCUCAGCUCACAUCAAAGAGCUCUAUGUGAGAAAAUACAGGAAAAUAAGAUUAUUUAAUGUUACCCAAAGUAGUGUCUCUCCCACUUUCGUUGCCAUACUCGUGUACUCACAAGAUCUGAGGUGUGCUUGUCCAAGAAACUG